UCGUAUCUCAAUAAAAUAUUUCCUGAUUUCUCUCAAAUUAUGGCCUUGUCUUCUAAAUUAAUCCUUAAUUAUUCAUUUCUAUCUUCCAACAAAAUAAUCUCUUGUUCCUUUCUUACACCUAAUUAUCCUCAAAAACAAUUUUCAAAAACUGUCAACUUUAGCCACAUAGCUCUUAAGUCUACCUUUAGUCCUCAAAAUUUGACUGUAGUAGCCGAUGAUGAUGAUUAUAUUAGCAUUGAGAUUGAGAGAAAAAUUAGGGCUUUCAAGCAUAUGCUAAGGAAUGUUGGAGAAGAUGAAGUUUUGGUGAUGAUUGAUGCAAUCCAACGCCUUGGAAUUGAGCAUCAUUUUCAAGAUGAGAUUGGUUCAAUUUUGCAAAGGAUAUUUGAUGAUUAUCAUAUUCAAACAAAUGAUCUUCGUAAUCUUGCCCUUCGAUUUCGACUUUUGAGACAAGAGGGUUACUAUGUGUCUUCCGAAGUGUUUGAUAAACUCAAAGACAAGGAAGGAAAAUUCGAUGAAAGACUAAGAUAUGACAUUGAAGGUUUAAUGGAAUUAUACGAAGCUUCACAACUAAGUAUUAAAGGAGAAGAUUUGCUUGAUGAACUUGGAGACUACAGUUAUCAGCUUCUAAAUUCAUGGAUGACACGUGUCCAUCACUCUCAAGCUAAAAUAGUACAGAAUACACUGGACCACCCACAUCACAAAAGCUUGGCUAAAUUUAUGGCACAAAAGUACUUGAGUAGAGAUGCUCAUAUGAGAAAUAAUGAAAAUAGGUGGAUGAAAGAAUUGCAAGAACUUGCAACUUUUGAAUUCAAGAUGGUUCAGUCAAAAUACCAAGAAGAAAUGCUACAAAUAUUAAGGUGGUGGAAAGGUCUAUUUGAAGAGCUGAAAUUUGCAAGAAAUCAGCCACUUAAAUGGUACAUAUGGUCUACGGCAGCUUUUACGAAUCCAAGCUUGUCGGAACAAAGAAUUGACCUAACAAAACCUAUAUCUUUCAUCUACAUAAUUGAUGAUAUUUUUGAUGUUCAUGGCUCGCUUGACGAACUUAUAUUAUUCACAGAUGUUGUCGAUAGAUGGGAUGUCCAUGCUGCACAAAAACUACCACACUAUAUGAGGUUAUGCUUUAAUGCACUCGACAACAUCACGAAUGAGAUCGCGAACAAAGUCUAUAAAAGUUAUGGCCGGAAUCCAAUAGAAUCGCUACGAAAAACGUGGAGAAGUUUAUGCAAGGCGUUUUUAGUAGAAGCAAGAUGGUUUUCUUGUGAUAAAAUGCCAAGUGGUGAAGAGUAUCUACAAAAUGGGACAGUGAGUUCAGGUGUACAUGUGGUUCUUGUUCACGUAUUCUAUUUAUUGGGUCAGGGUGUGACUCCAAAAGCUAUGGAAUUUAUUGACAAUAAUCCAACCAUAAUAUCUUCUACAGCUGCAAUUCUUCGGCUUUGGGAUGAUUUGGGUAGUGCCAAGGAUGAAUAUCAGGACGGUAAUGACGGGUCAUACGUGGAAUGUUACAUGAAAGAAAAUGCAGGAUGUUCUGUAGAGAAUGCAAGAAAAGAGGUUAAUAAAAUGAUUUCGGACGCAUGGAAACAGUUAAACCAAGAAUGUUUGUUCCAAAAACAAUUUUCACCAAAUUUUAACAAGUCUUGUCUGAAUCUAGCAAGAAUGGUUCCUUUGAUGUACAGCUAUGACGACCAUCGACGCCUUCCGCUUCUUGAACAUCAUAUUAAGUCUGUCUUGUAUGGAUCGGCCUCCAUUUGACGAUUUCAUAAUCAUUUAGGCUAUAUUUGAUUUAUAAAAUAAAAUAAAAUCACGUAGCACAUGAAAUAGUUGUGCUCUCUCAUCUAGGUUUGCUUAGUCUAUAGCGUUCAAGGAGCGUUCAGUUGGUCGAAGGGUUCGACUAAUAUUAUGCUGAAAUUUGCACGUACCAUAUGUUACGAGUGAUAUGCGACACCCGUUAAGUAUAGGGUCUCACCGUACUAUUGACGAAUGUAUUUUACUAUUUAGAGAGUUUAUUAAUUUAUUUUUUUAAUUAUGUUAA